AUGACGACCCCCCACUGGAAACCCAUCGUGCAGCAAAAGCGCGCUGCCCAGCUCAAAUCCAUUCCCCUAGCCUGGCACCUCCCCCAAUCCACCAUCACCUCCACCACCGCAACCACUCUCGACACAAUCCGCACCUGCGGCAUUCUCACCCCAGAGGAACUGAAGUGGACGGAAAUCGACGACGUUACGGUUCUUGUGCGCCUUCUCGCCUCACGCGGGGUCAGUUCGGUGCAACUCACCACGGCAUUCUGUAAGCGGGCUGCGAUUGCGCAGCAGAUGACUGGGUGUCUGACGGAGAUCUUCUUUGAUCUGGCACUGGAGAAGGCGAGGAUACUCGAUGAAGAACUGGAGAAGUCGGGGAAGGUGAAGGGCCCGUUGCAUGGGUUGCCAGUUUCGGUCAAAGAUCGGUUUGAUGUGCAGGGGUUUGAUACGACUGUUGGUUGGGUUGGCCUGGCGAAUAAGCCUGCGGCAAAGUCGGACUCUGUGGUGCAGUUGUUAGAGUCUAUGGGUGCCGUUCUGUAUGCGAAGACGAAUGUACCGCAGUCGUUGAUGAUGUCCGACUCCUACAACCACGUUUUCGGCCAAUCCGUCAACGCCUUCAAUAGAAACCUCAUCUCUGGCGGCAGCUCAGGGGGCGAAGGUGCUCUCAUCGGCGCCAAAGGCAGCGUACUCGGAAUCGGUACGGACAUUGGAGGCUCAAUUCGCGUCCCGUCUACCCUUCAGGGUCUGUACUCGAUCUGUCCGACGACGGGACGGGUUCCCUGGAACUGUUCACUCAUGCAUCAGCACUAUCUCGUUCCACCCGUGGCAGGCCCCAUGGCACGAAGCCUCUCAACCAUUGAAUACUUCAUGCAAAGCCUCCUAGACUCGAACCCCUGGAACCUCGAUCCGGGGUGUAUACCGAUUCCCUGGAGGGAGGAACUCGCUGCGCCGCCACCGCCGAAUUGGAAAUUGAAGCUGGGUAUUGUGUAUGAUGAUGGUGUGGUUCGGCCUCAGCCCCCGGUUAUGCGCGCCAUGAGGGAAACCGCGAGGAGGUUGAAGGAUGCUGGACAUGAAGUGAUUGAAUGGGAUACAUCCUUGCACGUCGAAGGCACUAAUCUCUGGACAAAGUGCGUCCUCGCAGACGGCGGCCACCACUGCCGACAGCUCUGCGCCAUUGUUGACGAGCCGCUCAUACAGGGAAUGCUUGUUGGAACAGCAACAGAUGAGCUCUCGAGUCAAGAACGCGAAAAGAUUGAAGAAGCAAAAUGGGCCUACCAAGAACGUUACCUCGCACAAUGGGUGUCAUCCGGCAUUGACGCCCUCUUACUCCCCGUAACACCUUGGGUAGGCUACAAACCCAAGACGUGGGUUGUGAGUAAGCAGUGGUUGGGGUAUACGGCCUUAUACAACUUACUCAACUAUGCGGCUGUGACUGUCCCCGUUGCCACGGCUGAUCCUGAGCUUGAUGAUCCCCGCAAGGAUGAGGAAUGGAGUGGGCAUGUGCCGAGAAAUGAGUCGGAUAGGUUUAAUCAUCAGCAGUAUGACAUGCACUUGGUGAAGGGGAUGCCUGUGACGGUGCAGAUUGUUGGGGGUAGGUUUGGAGAGGAGAGGGCUGUUUCUGUUGGAAAGGUUGUAGAUCAGGUUUUUGGUCGUCGAUAG